CGCGGCCGUUUCCGCCCUCGGCCAGCCCCACCUCUGCCGGCCCGCCCUCGGCUCCCCCACCGCGAGGAGCGAGCCCGGGAAGCCCACACGGCGGGCACCGGGCGGGAGGCCCCUUCCAGCUGCGGCUGGGCGCCCAGAGGCCCGAGGACAGAAGGAUUCCAGAUUUCAGGAAGACCUAACCUUGUACCUGCGUGCCUACUCCCCUUCUCUCUGGUCCUGUUAGACUCUCCAGCUCUGGAACGCUGACCCUCACUGCUCAGCUAAGGAUCCUGGGGAUUCUACCUUCUCUAAACAUAUCCAGCUGAGUAAACCCAGGGUGUUAUUAUACCUGGGGAGAGUAAGAAGUGGGGGGUCAAGGCACCAGAGCAAGAGCCCUCUGGGGCCUCAAGAAGAGAAGUGAAGCUGGAACCAUCAGGGAAUAUGAGUGAAUUUUGGCACAAACUGGGCUGCUGCGUGGUAGAGAAACCCCAGCCGAAAAAGAAAAGACGACGAAUCGACCGGACCAUGAUUGGGGAACCAAUGAAUUUUGUCCACCUGACUCACAUUGGCUCUGGGGAGAUGGGGGCUGGAGAUGGACUUGCCAUGACAGGUGCAGUUCAGGAGCAGAUGAGAUCCAAGGGAAACCGAGACAGGCCGUGGAGCAAUUCUAGGGGCUUAUAGCCCCAUAGGAAUGGUUCUACCGUCUUGAAGCCCCUGCUUUGUGUCCAGUCCAGAAGAAAUGCUGUCCCCACCAGAUCCUUCCUAGAACACAAGGGCCCACUUUUGCCUAUCUGCCUAAUAGUGCCUCAAAAGGCAUGGGGGCUGGACUCCCUCUACUCCCUCUGGCCAUAGCCCCUCCUGGAGAUGGGGUCAAGGCAGCAGGACUGACCACAUGACUACUGUUUGGCCAGAGGAGCUCAGCUGAAGCCCUGGUACUCUAGAUCUGAGCUAGGAGUUCUCUGGGAAUCUGGAAUGAGUUCCCUUCUCCUGAAUGACGUUCUAGGUGCCACUUGUUUUUAAACUCCUGACCCGGAACUCCUUUGAUGGGGUAGGUAGGUGGGAUUAUGCAAGCUGAAGCUGGCUUUGCUGAGAAGCUCCCUACCUUCAUGCCCGUCUGUUUCCUCCUGGAAUUAACUAAAGUAGAUUUCAAGCAGGGGCUGGGUGGUCACCACUGCCUGAUCAAGUCCAUUCUUUCUCUUCAGAUUUUAGACCUUAAGCUAUAGUCCCUCAAUCUCUGCCAAUACCAAGGUCUUUCCCUAGUUAGGGCUCUAAAUCCUAUGUUUCUGUAGCAUUACUAGCUUCCCAGCACCAUUCCCCUCCUUUUUUUUUUUUUUUUUUAUUAAAAAUUUAAUUUAAGACGAGUUAUUUUAAUUAUCCCCAUCCUGCUACUCCUACCUCUGCUCUUAACUUCAUCCCUGUUAGGAACUUUAUUGUUUCCCACUGAACAAGGAUUAGGAGGUAGAUGUUGACAGUAUUCCAUUUAAGUCUUGGGGCAUCUGGCCUGCCUUCUGCCAACCUCCCUGUUAGCCCAGGUAAGAAGAGGAAGAGAGGGGCUGGAGAGAAAGCCAUAAUGCAGCAAAACUAGGAGUUAUAUCUCAAGAUGGACUUCCUGACCAUUAAGGAUAGAAGAGUGCUGAGAGAGCAGUUGUCUGUGUUCAGGGUCUUUCCUCAGCAUGGGAGCAGGAGAGGCUCUAGAAUAAGGUUUAACCAAGACACAGUCGUCAUUUGGAAGUAGGUAAUUUAUUUGGAGAGCUGUUCUGUGCAUUAUAUUUAGCAGCAUUCCUGGCCUACCCUAGUUAUGACAACCCCAAAAUUUUAUUGUCUCCAGAAAUUACCAGAUGUCUACUAGUGGCAGAAUUACCUACAGUUGAGAAUCAGUUCUGGAGUCAGGAUGGUUUUCCAUCUUCUACCCUUCCCUAAUCUGGUUGUUUAUCUUAAGUCUGAGCCUUGAGUGAACUACAACCCCUUACAAAGUAGGCUCAGUAGAGCUGCACAUAAUUUUUUUUCACUCAGUGUAUUAUUUGUGCUUGCAUAGGAUUAUGUCUGUGAUGGACAUGUAUCAUGCUUCUCCAUUCUUGCUCUGUGGAAGAGGGGUUCCUGCAGUAUGGAAACAGGAACAGGGUAUGUUGGGAUUGGAGAGGGAGGAGAUAAAAGCAGCAGAUAUACCCUACUUAUUGUUCCCAAGUUCUAAGCUUUAUUUCUGUGCCCUAGUCCUAAAACCAGACACAAGACUCAGGAAGUUUUGUCUGAAGACCAGGUCCCACUCCCCACCUGCUCAAGGCGGCUUUAGAUGGGAAAGCAAUGUAGGAGCAGGGUCUUUAGGCACUUUGUUUUCUCAGGUGUUUUUUUGUUCUGACCCUUUCCUUGCAGGGUAAUUAGGAAGGCCCAACAAGACUAUUGAGCUCCUGCCUGCUCUAAGACAAGAAGGCUGGAGUCUUGUUUACCUCUGUAAUAGGAAGCUUAUUUUAUGGUAGAGGGGUCAGGACUCAUGGAUACUCAGUGGAUUGUGCUUGCAUAGGAUCAUUUCUGUGAUCCUGUAAAAACUGGUAUCCACUCUGCUGAUUUCACCAUCCAUACAGUUUGCCCCACCUACAGUGAUUGAUGUUUUAAUUUUUUUCAAAUUUCAUUGUACUUCCUACAGUUUUUCAGGGUCUAAGAUUGGUCAUAGAGAUACAUUCCCAGUUUACUCUGUUCUAGGCAAGUUAGUUGUUCUGAAAAUAGCCCACCUUUUUGCCCUAAAGUCAGUGGCCUGAAGGUGAAGUCUAGAGAUCUAAAGGGUUAACAGGAUAGAGUGGGAAGGGGGCUGGCAGACUCCUGACCUCUAGACACAUCCUAAUAUAUUCUUUGGACACAUCUUCUCUUUGGUGCUCUCUUGCCUUGAGCUGCCUUCCUUCUCUAAAUGUAUGCUACCAUCACUUUAAUAAUAAAGUGACAGGAAUGGG